AUGAGCCAGUUUACGUACUUCUGCACGACGUGCGGCGUGACGGGCGAAGACAACUUUGACCGCAACGAUGCGACGGGCGAGAGCAUCUGCAACAUCUGCGGCGCGCAGAACGCACAGCAGAGCCGCAACGAAGAGUACGACAUGGAAGACGCGCUCGCGAUGCGCGGCUCGCGCAAGAUCCGGCAAAAGGCCAAGCGCAGCCGGCGCGGCAAAGCCGCCAAAGCCGCCAAGCCGCUCGUCACGCUCGAGUCGUGCCUGCAUGUGUCGCAGACCAUUCUGCAUCUGCAGGCCGAAGCCCUCGCCGUCGCGCUCAACGACCAGGGGCUUGUCGCAACCGUCGAAGAGCUUUGGUUCCACUUUCUUGGCAUGUGGAGUGCGCACGGCGCGCGGCCACUGCUCAACUGCUUCCUCUCCAAGGCAGGCCACGCCUCGGAAAAGCCAGCCGAUGCGCUGCUGCAAAGCGGGUACGAGACCCAAUGGGACUAUGGCAACGACGGCAAAGGCGCGAAAGAAACCGAGCUCUCACGCUUCUCGCUGCGGUCGCACUUGGGUCUUCUGUACCUCGCGGCGCGACUGCGGCACCUCGGCGUGCUCACGAGCGACCUCUACGUGCUCGUACGCGACGGGCGGCUCCCGUACGGCAACGUGCUGAGCUUGCUGCCGGAUACGAUGACCGCCCCCGUCGACGCGCUGCACUUGUACUUCAACACGAAUUUGCCGUACCUGGCCGUGACGGCCUCGACGAUCACGGCCGAAGCCAACUAUUUGCACUACCACCUCGAUCUCGACUUGCCGCCACUCAACAUGCCGCUGGCGUUUCGCACCUGCGCGGCCGCGUUGCAGUUGCCACACGGCGCGGUCGAGGCCUUUUACAGGCUGCACACGGUCUUGCCGCCCGAGACGAUGGCCGCCGAAGGCAACGGCACCAAGCUCUGGCUGCUGCCGUCCGAAGUUGACUUUGUCGCGCGCGUCCUCGUCGCUCUCAAGCUCUGCCCGUCCUGGCACCUCUUGGUCUACACGUCCAAUACCGACAAGGACGAAGCCUUUUCGCUCAUGCACCCGCUGGACGCGCGGACGCCGCGCCUGAAGCGCAAGCACCUGCACGCAUUCGUCGCUGCCACCGAUGACGCGCGGCAUGGCCAGUGGAGCCGCGUCACCGUGCCGUCGCACCUAGACGACCACAUUGAAACGCUGCAGCAGCUUGCCGCCGCCGACGAGGCGGUCGAGACGCUUGUCAAGCCGGCGCCUGUCGUCGCCUUUGCACCCCUGCACAGCGCGACGGGUGCGCCAAUCGACGCCGUGCCUGCGACGCCAGACGACGCGCCGUUCUACCCAUACUAUCGGUACCCACGUGAAGUCCGCUUGCAGCACGUCGAUGGCGCGACCGAGCACGUGGUGUCGAUCUUGGCCGAGUACAUGGACAUGCCACGCCUCGUGGUCUUUGAAGCCGUCGCGACACUCGAGAAACUCUACUUGCCGCUCACCGACGUGGUUCCGCCGACCGUAUUUCGGUAAACGCGGUCGACAGCUCGAAAUCUUUAUAUACGGCUAAGAGCGUCCAUUCUAGAGCUCUGUCCC